UCUGUUGUGGUCCAGUGGCCUUCCCAGCCCUGUGCCCCAAAGCACCUGGAGCAUAUAGCUUUGCAGAACUUCUCCCUGCCUCUGGCCAUGGCCUGCUGGUGCCUCAGUCUCCUUCUGAUGGGGACCUUCAUGUCAGCCUCCCGGCCAGUCCUGGCCCAGCCGGUUGCACUGCUGGUCUUCCCAGGCCAAGUGGCUCAACUCUCCUGCACGCUCAGCCCCCAGCAUGUCACCAUCAAGGACUACGGUGUGUCCUGGUACCAGCAGCGGGCAGGCAGUGCCCCUCGAUAUCUCCUCUACUACCGCUCAGAGGAGGAUCACCACCGGCCUGCUGACAUCCCUGACCGAUUCUCGGCAGCCACGGAUGAAGCCCACAAUGCUUGUGUCCUCACCAUCAGCCCUGUGCAGCCUGAGGAUGACGCAGAUUACUACUGCUCUGUUGGCUACAGCUCCGGUCCCUAGGGGUGGGGUGUGAGAUGAGUGCCUCCCGUCUGCCUCCCAUUUCUGUCCCUGACCUUGGGCCCCUUUUUAACUUUCUGCGAGGCUUGCUUCCCCUCUGUAAAAUGGGUUAAUAACAUUCAACAUGUCAGCAACA